AAGAGACUGGGACACCGUGUCCCAUUCUGAUUCAGCCCAAAGUUCACCAGCCCACAGAACCAACAUGCCUGCAGACUUCAAUGGCAAAUGGGAGUUGGAGAGCAGUGAGAACUUUGAGGAUUACAUGAAAGCACUGAACAUUGACUUUGCCACACGCAAAAUCGCAGUGCAGCUGGCCCAGACCAAAGUGAUCAUCCAGGAUGGAGACAAGUUUGAAGUCAAGACGCUGAGCACCUUCAGGAACUAUGAGCUGAUGUUCACUGUGGGGGUGGAGUUUGUGGAGCACACCAAAGGACUGGACAACAGGGCGGUCAAGGCUCUCGUGGUGUGGGAUGGGGAAAAACUAGUGGGUAGCCAGAAGGGGGAAAAGGACAACCGUGGGUGGAAGCACUGGAUCGAAGGAGACAAACUGCACUUGUUCCAGUCUACUUAAUGGGUGGCUCCUCCAUAUGCACCAAUGCGAUAACAGGAACUGACGUGUGAGGACAAAGUCUGCAGGCAGGUGUUUAAGAGAAAAGAAUAGAAAGACAAUAUCUGGAUAUCAGUUGCUGGAUUCAUCCACUUUUUCAUACCUUGUGUCAAUAUAGUAAACUCCUGCUGUUACCAUUUAAACUUGUCAUACGGUUUCAAACUCACAAGCAAAUCGGAAUAAAGCAUUGUAUAUUGUUCACUCUUCUAA